AUUGGCUAGGAUAAAAUUGAAAAGUAAUUUAUUUGGUGCGACAAAAUGGUUGCUGUAUUUCUCAACAGAAAAUUUCAUUUUUAUUUUUCUUGCGAUUUAUUUUUGUUGUUCAAAGGCACAAAUUUUGGAAAAGGAAUGUACUAAAUUUGAAUCUAAAUUAGAUAGAGUGUCUUAUAUCCCACAAACAGAUGCGAAAUUAAUUGUACUUCAUGGUAAAUCAAAGGUGUCUUGCAUUUAUCAAUGUCAAAGUCUUGAAAUGCCAUCAUGGUACUUCGUUGAAAAUAAUUCUACAUGUUAUUGUAGUUCUGAUGAUUCUUACAACAUUGACAAACAUGAUGAUGCUAACGCAACUAUUAUCCGCGGAAUAAGAAAAAGGGUGCCAAUAAAGUGCAUUCAAGAAGGCAGUCAAAAAGUAAAAAGAGUUCACAAGCAACCCGAGCCAGUUGACUGUCUUGCGUUUUUUCAACAAGGCUAUACCGAAGACGGUGUUUAUGUGAUCAAACCAACUGGAAGUACUGCUACUGAUGUAUGGUGUGAUAUGACCAAUGGUGGAUGGACGGUUAUUCAACGCCGACAAGACGGAUCAGAAGAUUUCUACAGAAACUGGGAAGACUACAAGAAUGGAUUUCGGGAACAGGAGUAGCGAGUAUUGGCUCGGACUUGAACAGAUAUACUAUUUGACGAUUGCCGACAGUUCACUCUAUGUAUGCUUGGAAACGUUUGAAAUUGACAAUCGUAAUCCGGUUUCUGCCUAUGCUGAAUAUUCCACCUUCAGUAAUUAAGGAUGAGAGUGAUAAAUACAGAAUUGUCGGUUGGAGGAUAUGGCGGCUCGUGUGGCGAUUCCAUGUUGUUUCAUAACAAUAGUCAAUUCACAACAAAAGACAGUGAUAAUGACCAACGCGCCUACGCUAAUUGUGCAGUGCAGUUUAGCGGAGCUUGGUGGUACAAUGAUUGUUAUUAUAGUAAUCUAAAUGGAUUGUACCCACACACCAAUGGUUUAGAGACAAAUAUGGGCAUAACUUGGACAAAAUGCUGGGUUCAUUACUCGCUCAAGAAAUCUGUAAUGAAGAUAAGGAGAAACAAUUGAAUUUCUUUCAAAUUUCAAGUUUAUUGACAAAUCGACAAUGAGCAUGGUUUUUGGCCGACUACAUGGCAAAGACAUUUAACAUCAAUAUACCUAUAAACAUGUUUACAUUUUUAAACUGAUACAAUCAAACAAAUGUAUAGAUAAUAACAAGUUAAUAAGCAACAAUUUUAUACUUCAGAGAUAAGGAUUUAAUUACUCGUUAAGAGCCUGUGAUGAGUUCCAAAUAAUUGUUUCGACAUUUCAUCGACAAAUCUAUAUAUUACUCUAUUUUAAAAAGUGUAAAUUUUACUUUUUGUUGACAUAAGUAAUAUUUUGAUGAGAUAAUUUACAUAAUUUAUUCAGUCUAUAAAUCCAAUUCAAUCUUCCUUUUUCAAUUUCCAAAAUUAUGCGAAAAGAUUUAAUAAAUCUUCAAAUUCAAAAAAAAUGUUUAAACUGACAAUAGUAGUGUAAUUUCGGUGAAAAAUUAACUGUAUGAUUCCAAUCCUGAAUUAACUGGCCUCGGGUCCUAUUUUUUAACAAACUUAAAUAAUUUGCAUUACAGUCAUAGCGAAUACUUGUAAGACUUAAAUGAUCAAUAAUUGAAUGGAGUUUAGAAGCCCAACAAUUUGUGAUAGGUCUUUAUAUAGCAUGUACAUAGGGAGUUUUCAACUUUUAUAGACGUUUCUUUACAAAUAACUGAUGACGGGAGUCUACCAAGUAUACCAUGAACGUCAGAUGUUGGAGUUUUAUUGUGUGUGUGUGUGUGUGUGUGUGUGCGUGUGUGCGUGUGUGCGUUGGUGUGUGCGUGCGUGCGUGUGCGUGUGCGGAUGUGUUUUCUUUAUUUCUUUUUCAGCUCACAUGUCACAAAGUGACAAGAUGAGCAUUUGUGAUCACAAUCCGUCCGGCGGUCGUCCGUCAGUCCAUAAACGUUUACUUUAAACGAUAUCAGCUCAAACACCUCUUAGCCGGUUUAAUCCAACUUCACACGGAUGUUCAGUUGGUGGUAAACUUUAAAAAAUGUUCAAAGCAGAACUCUGGUUGCCAUGCAACUGAGAGAAAAAAACUUUAAAAAAAAAUUCUUUAAAAAAGCCAAAGAGCGAGAGCUUAGAUAUUUGGCAUGAAACAUCUUCUUAUAGGUAUCUACCAAGUUUAUUCAAAUAGAACCCUGGGUCAAAAAUUUGAGUCAUUGAUUUUCCUUAUAUGUAUUUAGUAAAAAACUUUCAAAAUCUUCUUUUAAAAAAAACGAAAUAGCUAAAGCUUAGAUAUAAAGCAUGAAACGUAUUCUAGUGAGUGGCUACCAAGUUUGUUCAAAUAAAAGUCCUUUGAUCAUUUAUUUUCGUUAUAUGUAUAUAGUAAAAAAUUUAAAAAAAAAUCUUUUGCAAAAACCCCAAAGAGCUAGAGUUAGAUAUUAAGCAUAAAAAAUCUUCUUAUGGGUGUCUACCAACUUUACUCAAAUAAAAGCCCUUGGAUCAAAAUUGGCCCUGCCCAAGGGGGUAUUGAUUUUCCUUAUAUGUAUAUUUUAAACACUUUUUUAAAAUGUCUUUUUAAAAAGCCAAAGAGCUAGACCUUAGAUAUUUGGCAUGAAACAUCUCCUAAUGGCCAUUGGGUGUCUCCCAAGUUUAUUCAACUAAAACCUCUGGGGUAAAAAUUGGCCCGCCCCGGUAUAUGUACACAUCUCUUGGGGUUUCUCUUAGCAGUAGCAACUAGAAAUAUUUAUAAACAUGCACUUUUUCAGAUACAAAUAUUAACUUUGAGAUAUCAGUUUAAGAGUUAAAUUUUAUAUCUGCUUUUUUAUAGUUUACAAUAUUACUUGUACGUUGUCAUGGAGAGUUCAGGUGAGCGAUUUUUAAGGCCAUCACGGCUCUAUUGUUUAUAUUUCCAUACUUCUUCUUUCACGUAUACAUGUAUGUCAAUAACUUAUGUGUGAGGGAUAUCUGUAACUUGUCAAAUCAAUAAAUAAAUUGCUGUU